CAGCGGCCGCUUCCUCUUGGCGGCCCGGGAACGUGGAUAUCGCGCCCGCAGGAUGUUCGCCGGCUGGGCCGCGCAGUCAGGAAACAUGAGAAGACCUUGCUAUUCCUGUUCCCGGGCCGCGCGCGUCUGUCUGGGUAAAUAAAGCCGAGGCGACGGCGGUGGCGGCGGGGAGCGCACUGGAGCCCGUGCAGAGAACAUGCGGCGGGGAUGGGAGUGCGCCUAGCCUCGACGCGGGACAGCCAGCCGCCCUGCCGCUGGUCCCAGAACCCGAGCCCUGCUGAGUUCCCGGCGGCCUGGCCCGGAGGCGCAGCGGCCCGGGAGCGCGCCCCUGCCUGCCGGCACCAUGAACACCUUCGUCUUCAACAAGCUCAGCGGCGCCGUGCUGUUUGAGGAGCGCGGCGCUGCGGAGCGGGAGCGGGGCGGCAGGCCCUACGGCGGCGUCCUGGACAGCCCCCACGCCCGCCCCGAGGUGGGCAUUGCAGACGGCCCGACCCUCAAGGACAACCUCGGCCUGAGACACCGACGGACCGGGACCCGGCAGAAUGGCGGGAAGGUGAGGCACAAGCGACAGGCCCUGCAAGACAUGGCGAGACCGCUCAAGCAGUGGCUGUACAAGCACCGUGACAACCCGUAUCCCACCAAAACCGAGAAGAUUCUCCUGGCCCUUGGCUCACAGAUGACGCUAGUGCAGGUGUCCAAUUGGUUUGCUAAUGCAAGACGUCGGCUUAAGAAUACAGUUCGACAGCCUGAUUUAAGUUGGGCUUUAAGAAUAAAGUUGUACAACAAGUAUGUUCAAGGAAAUGCCGAGCGACUUAGUGUAAGCAGUGAUGAUUCAUGUUCUGAAGAUGGAGAAAAUCCUCCAAGAAACCACAUGAAUGAAGGGAGUUAUAAUAAUCCAGCUCACCAUCCGGUGAUUAAAAGUGAAAGCUCAGUCAUAAAAGCUGGGGUGAGGCCAGAGUCACGGGCCAAUGAGGACUACGUGUCACCCCCAAAGUAUAAGAGCAGCUUGUUGAACCGUUACCUUAACGACUCUUUGAGACAUGUCAUGGUCACAAAUGCUGCCAUAAUGGGAAACACAAGACAAAGGAACCAUUCUGGAUCUUUCAGUUCCAAUGAAUUUGAGGAAGAAUUGGUGUCUCCCUCUUCAUCAGAAACGGAUGGCAACUUCGUUUACCGCACAGACACUCUGGAAAAUGGAUCCAAUAAGGGUGAGAGUGCAGCUAAUAGAAAGGGACCAAGCAAGGAUGAUACUUACUGGAAGGAGAUUAAUGCAGCUAUGGCCUUAACAAAUCUUGCACAGGGAAAAAACAAACUCCAGGGAACUACCAGCUGCAUCAUUCAGAAGUCAUCACAUAUAGCAGAAGUAAAGACAGUCAAAGUGCCACUGGCUCAGCAGUUUUAAGAGUUUGUCACUUUUCAGAUGGAUGACUGUUCUGUUCUUCACAUCGGUGUGUUUAUCAUAACUCCUCAUCUUAAGAGCUGAAGCUGGAAGGCAAAAAGUUCCUUUCAAAACUCGCUGUAUUUUUAAUUAUCCUAAAUAUAUCACUUAGUUGCUUCUGUAAAAGAUAUAUAAAUUAUAAAAACUCGCUUUAAUCAAAACUAUUAACUUAUUUUAUGUUACUCGAACUAUGCAUAAAAUGUCUGCAUUGCCAUUACAGUUAAGUGCCUUGCUUCCCCAAAAUAACCUACAACGUGGGCAUAGUAAAUGGCUAUGCCUCAAAAUGACAAUGCCAUAAUGCUUACAAGUCUGUGUGUCUCAUUCCAGAUGGACCUAACCAUUCCAGAACAGAAACCAUAAUUGCUGAAAGCCCUUGAAAUGUAUUCAGUAAUUCACAUGUUAAAACUUGGCAAUCUGUUCAGCCUAAAAGUGAAAUGUUCCUUUAAAGGAGA